AUGCAUCCAUCUUUCUCACACCGAUAGAUUGUGCUACGCGCUCGUCGUUGUGUGUAACUAAGAUUUUAGUCACCACAACACGGCUUAUUUAAAGAUAUAUUUAUAAAAAUACAAAAAAAAUAAAAACAUAAAAAUAUAAAAAGCUAUAAAACGGACCAGUGUGAGGCAGCGUGAAACUGAUAAAAACGACAAAAUGCAGCAACAGCAAGGACCUAGCUACCCGAUGGCGUCACUCUACGUUGGUGACCUUGCGCCUGAUGUCACAGAAGCUAUGCUGUUUGAGAAGUUCUCAACAGCAGGGCCAGUGCUGUCCAUCAGAGUGUGUCGGGAUAUGAUCACCCGCCGGUCUCUCGGCUAUGCCUAUGUCAACUUCCAACAGCCUGCCGAUGCGGAACGCGCUUUGGACACCAUGAAUUUUGAUGUAAUAAAGGGCAAGCCAAUCAGAAUCAUGUGGUCUCAGCGUGACCCAUCACUGCGUCGAUCUGGACUUGGUAACAUUUUCAUUAAGAACCUGGAUAAAAGUAUUGACAACAAAGCCAUGUAUGACACAUUUUCUGCCUUCGGAAACAUCCUAUCCUGCAAGGUGUCAUGUGAUCAGAAUGGAUCCAGGGGUUAUGGAUUUGUGCACUUUGAGACUGAAGAGGCAGGUCUCCAGGCCAUUCAGAAAGUCAACGGCAUGUUACUUAAUGGCCAGAAAGUGUAUGUUGGCAAGUUCAUCCCGCGGCAUGAGAGGUUGCGUAUGCUGGGUAGCCAAGCACAGAAGUUCACAAACAUCUACGUCAAGAACAUCGGCGAUGAGAGUGACGACCAGAAGCUGUGUGAGAUGUUCGGCAAGUACGGCAAGAUCACCAGCCACAAGGUGAUGUUUGAUGACAGCACUGGCAAGAGCAAGGGCUUCGGCUUUGUUGCUUUUGAGACCCACGAAGCGGCAGACCAGGCUGUGACGGCAAUGAAUGGAAAGGAAGUUAGUGGAAAGGUCCUCUACGUCGGGCGUGCACAGAAGAAGGGCGAGCGGCAGGCAGAGCUUAAGAGCAAGUUUGAGCAGAUCAAGAUGGAGCGAAUGAGUCGUUACCAGGGUGUGAACCUUUACGUAAAGAACCUGGAUGAUGCCAUUGAUGAUGAACGUCUGCGUAAAGAGUUUGCUCCCUACGGAACCAUCACCAGUGCUCGGGUUAUGACAACAGAGGAUGGGCGCUCUAAGGGAUUCGGCUUCGUAUGCUUUAGUUGUCCAAACGAGGCGACGAAGGCUGUGACCGAGAUGAAUGGACGCAUUAUCAUCUCUAAGCCCUUAUAUGUGGCACUGGCUCAGCGCAAGGAGGAUCGCAAGGCCCAUUUGGCUUCUCAGUACAUGCAGCGUUUGUCAGGCCUGCGCAUCUCUGGACAACCGAUGAACACUAUGUUCCAGCAGGGAGCUGCGGCCAGCUAUUUCGUGCCAACCAUGCCCCAGCAGCCACAGCGUAGUUACUUCCCUGGUCAGAUGGCCCAGGUACGGGCCAGUCCCAGGUGGCCAACCCAGCCUCAGCUUGCUCGGCCUGCCACUCAGCCUGCUGGGUUCCAGGCAAUGCCAAACACCGGCUUCCGUGGUGGGCAGCGUGGCGCAGCCCCGGUGGGCAUGCGACCGACCGGCGCGGGCGUGACUUCUCGCCCCAUCACCGGCCAGCAGCCGAAUGCCGGCGGUCAGCGUGUACCCGUCGCAUCCGCCGCGCAGCCGGCGAGGAUGGGCGCCAUGGCGCAGGGAGCCGCACAGGCACGUCCGAGCUACAAGUACACGUCUACUGCUCGCAAUGCGCAGGCAGUCCCCGGCACUCAGCCGCAGCUGAAUCCGGGCGCACCUGCGCAGGCUGCCGUACACAUCCCUGGACAAGAGCCGCUGACCUCGUCCAUGCUCGCCGCUGCACCUCUGCGGGAGCAGAAGCAGAUGCUGGGUGAACGCCUCUUCCCUAUCAUCCAAACAACCCACAGUGAGCUAGCUGGAAAGAUCACAGGCAUGUUGCUUGAGAUUGACAACAGUGAGCUGCUGCACAUGCUGGAGGAUAAUGAGGCACUCGCUGCUAAGGUUGAGGAAGCUGUUGCUGUGCUGCAGGCCCAUCAGGCCAAGGAGCAGGCUAGCAAGAAGACUAGCGAGCCCUAAGCACACACUGCUGUCAGAUCCACGGCUCCACUGGUACGACAUCCACAUACCUAGUCUCGAUGAAUGUACAUGUACACAAGUACCCACCAGACCGGCAGUUGUUAGUUGAAGCACCCACAUGACGUCAGUGUGUCUAGGCUGCUGAAACCUUUUCAGUCAAGAUGAUGACUGAAAAGAUGAUGGUUGAUGACUAACUUGAUAGAAAGCAUGGUGCUAAGCAUAGCAAUUGCUGAAAUCGACUGUCAAAUUAGCAUUUUGGAAGCUUUGUACAUUCAUUUGCAAGUCAUUAUUUUCUCGAUCACGAUGUGUGAAGGUGGACACUAGAAAGGCAGGGAUUCUAGUUGUGCGAUAAAAAAAUCGUAAAAUUCGUAUAGAGUUUUUAUCGUUUAUGAUGGUGUAAAAGCUGCAUUUUCAGUACAAUUAUUAUUAUUGUCAUUAUUAUUAAUAUUUGAGAUUCUCUGUUUGGCCAACAUUUUUCAGCUGGGUUAUCAGCAGGUUUUGCACACACUGCCAGUUUGAUGUAGAAUGGCAGAAUUUGUGGGCUGUACCCAAGAUGAUAGUUGUAAUGGCAUCACAGAAAUGCAGUCUUUUUCUCACCAACUGAGCAAGUGGCACAUCUAUCAGUAAAACUAGAAAUGGAAAAAAAUAUGUAAAAAGAAAAUUUUAUAUUGAGUUUGAGACUAGAUUUGUGGAUGUCCAAAAAAUAAUGCAGUGUGUUUGAAAAAAGUUCCCUCUAAAAAGAAAAAGUGAAAAAUUACAGGAAAAUGUACUCAUUUGAAAGAAACUAAGUUUGUGACCAGCAAUACAUUGUUGCUGAGAAACACGGAUUGUAUGUGUUGUAUUAAAUGUAGUAGGGAUAAAAAAUGGAAAAAAAUGGCAAAAUUAGUGAAAAAUAUAUAAUUGUACCCUAUAUUUUAAAAACUAAUGCAGUGUGUGACCUCGGAAGGGUCAGGAAAGGCCUGGUAUCAGGACUGAAAAGGUGUCUGUACAUCUAAAACUCGUUUGGUUCAGUGUUACAGAUGCAGUGUGUUUCAUAUCAGAGAUGGCACAACCAACAUUGUUCAUACGUUGGUUUGACCUGUUAUAAAAAUUGCAAAAUCUGUGUAAAACUAACCAUGGUUCUGGUUACUAAAACACUGUAGCUGAACAGUCCAGCAAGCUUGAUGACUCGACGUGCGUCGAUGAUUAAUAGCUCAUAGAGAUAUGUUCAGACAGUGGCAUAGUUAUUGAGCCUUUGGUACAGGUGUAUGGUAAUGGACUUCGUUCUUUUAACACUUUAUUAAAUACAGUGUGACCGAUA